UAGUUAAAAACAAUCAAAUAAAAUUACAAGCAAGAAAAAGCAGAUGGAUACAAGUGAAAUUCAGAAGAUCGUCGUGGAUGAGCGAGAUAGGGUUGAGAAAGGUUCAUCCGAAGAGUGUUUAUUUGAUAUGAUGGAAGACAAGAGGAACGACGAUCGACAAGAAGAGCCCAAGACUGUUGACACAAAUGACAAGGGAGCUAAAGACGAUGAGUCCGUAGCCAAUAUUCAGAAUCUUUUGCAAGCAAUGGAUCUGCGCAUUGACCAUUCAACAGAUGAAACUGACACAAGUGAGUCGGAAAGCGAUAAAGUCGUAAAGCAAGAGGUGUCGAACCUCUUCUCUGGCCAGCUUCCCAUUUCUAUGUGGGAUUCCAGUUCGGAAGAGAACGAACCCGAAGUACCCGAUGUCGAUAUUAAUUACGAUAACAUCUUCGAGGACGUGAGUAAGCUGACGGCUGUGGAGAAGCACCUCCAGCUGCUAUACAGACCAUUCAGCUGUGAACUUGAAAUGAUCUCUCGAUUCAAAAUCUACGAGCUGUGCAUCCUGAUCACUGGCUCCCGCUGCGACACGGACUGCUAUCCCUCGGUCACGGUUAAGACCGUCAAUCCCAUUGGCUUGGUCAAGAUAUAUGCGGGCGGCAAGGCGGUGUCCACCGCCCUAACCGCCGAGUCGGCUUACAUCUCCUUGUUCAAGGUGGUUCGGAUGGUUGAGGAGCUGGACUUCAAGUUGGACGCGAAGAAUCUCAGUCGGAACAUUGUCAACGCCUCCUUUUGCAUGCCCUUCGAGCUCGACCUGUACCUUCUGUGCGAGCAGCAUCGCACGAAGGUGACCCGCAACUGCCGCACUCGUCCCUUUAUCACUUACAACAAUGAGGGGGAAAACGUAGUUUUUGCCGUCUUUCCCACCGGAUUCGUUCUGGUCUUGCACUCGACCAAGCCCUCUGAAACCCGAGCCGCCAUUGCUGCCUUCCUUCCGAUCCUGGCCCAGUACAAGGACGGAUAUGCCACCCAGUCCAAGAAGAUGGGUCGGCUAUGCGGCGACAUUUCCUAUAAGCUGCUCUGGGAGCACAGACUCGAGGAGGACAAGGAAGGCCAGCUGCUCUACUCCUAGGACAUUUUACCAGUUUCCUGCUCCCCGAUCGUGGACGGGGUCUAGUUUGUUAUGUUUCAUUUCAG